UUUAUUUUACAUCUUUACGGCAGAUCAUUUUAACUGUUUCGAUAAAAAACUUUCCAAAGUUUGGAAAAGGAGAAGUUUAUUGAAACUGAGGAAAUGUUUUCCUUCCCUCCGAUAAAUAAUAUAAAAGACUUGAAACAAAAAAUCUCUCACUUAAGUCUAAGGUCACCACUUGCUCUUGUCACAACAGACUGGCAUCUUCAACAACCAAUGAGGGAGGAGACAGAUAAAAAGAAUUACAUCGAAGAGCGUGAUGUCACAGUUGAGACACAGGACAAAGAGUUUGGUCUCACAUUUUUCGAUGGGAGCUCACCGCCGCGAAUAAAGGAGAUUGACAUCCUUUCCUGUUUUGUGGGGAUUCUGCUUGUUGGAGACGAGAUUUUGCAGAUUAACAAACGGGAUAUAAAAUCGCCACAGGACAUCGAUGAAAUAAAUCAUUCUCCCAUGGAAGGACUCAGGAAUUUUCAGGUCCGCCUUCGCAGGGAUAACUUCUACCGUCUCCUUGUUCUCAAGAUCACUAAAAUCAGACGAAAGCCACAUCGUUUUGCUAUCCUUCUACAGGCGAGGUGGCGACAGGACAUUUCUCUUGGACUAAUAGUGACUGAUAAGGCAAGCAGUUUGGCAGUAAAUCACUUCUAUCCAGGCGAUAUCAUAACUAACGUAAAUGGCGAGAGAGUGACUAGAAUGGCUGAAGCCAAAAAGGCCAUACGAACGAGUAUUGCCAUGCAAAAUACUGUUACUCUAAGGAUUGUGCGAGACAUCCCUCCAUUAAAAAGGAUCACUGAUAUGGCCGAAGACGCGCGUUCCAUCCUUUUGCGUAAUGCCGGUUUCUGGCGUCGAGAGUGCAUGCUCAAGUCUAUUGAAGAGAAGGGAGAAGUAAAGCCUCAACGAGUAUAUUUUGUGCCCAAAAUCGAGUCUGUGCCUUUUCCAGUUGACGAGACAGGGAAAGAACUUAUCGCAACACCAAGUCGAGCUGGCGGGUCAAUAGUAGAAAACUCUUCAGAGGACGAAGAUGAAAUUGAAGGGGAAAGGGAAAUAAUAUUCCAUGAGGAUGAAGAUGACGAGGAUAUAUAA